UUGGGUUCAUGCGAAUCAGAUUAUUGUUUUAUUGAACGUAGGCCAACUGAUGAGAGGGAUCAUUAUCGGAUUACGAAAGGUUGUAUUAAAAGACCAUCUCGUACUCAUAUGGGUUGCGAUUAUGAUCAUUUUCAGGAUCAUAUUUUAUGCAUUUGUAAAG